GAUACAGUUUUCAAUGAGCAUGCCAGUUCGAAUUCACAUUAAAUUUGAAUAUCAGUAAUUUUUGCUCAUUGGUUUGCUUCUCUGGUUAUUCUAUAGCUCAGAGAGACAAUUACUGAGUUGCAAAAUCAGGUUGGAAUCGGUGCAUUAGAGCUUGAAAAUAACUGGUUUAGUUGCUUUUAGUGCUGCUAAAUGUCCAAUUCAGUUGUCAUAAAGAAGUGUUCUUCUGAGGAUGGGUCCACGACUAAAAGCUGUCACAGUGUGACUUUUGUAAUCCCUGUGCGAAAUGUGGCACAUGCUAAAAUAAUCAGAGCUAGUCUUCAAGCGGAUCCUGAACCCGAGCGAAGCUACUGCUCAAAGGUUAUCGAAACGGACAAUGGUGGACUUAAAGUGCGUAUCACGUGUGAUGCAAAAUUCGACUCAUCGACGAACAUAAAAAAUCUUCGGAACGCCACAACGAGUUUCUUCGAGUUGCUUGACCUACUCCUACAGACCAUUGAUCAGUUUAGUGAGAACUAGAUUAUUUUGGAUUAUAAGGGAACGCGAGGCAAUCUACUCCUCUUCAUCACGCCUUGCUUCUAAUUCGACAACUGAGCAGCAUACAGGACCUAUUUUGCAAUAGUAAAGGAAGUGGUGAGCUCGGUUAAUGUCAAGAAAAGUUGACCGACUACAUCUCUGUUCUAUUCAUUAAUUUCUUUGUAUAAGCGCAGUCAAAUAGAUUGUAAAACGUAGUAACCUGUAGUAACGCAUCUGAUUAACUACGGAUGCUUCGAUUAAACAUUAACGAAACGAACUCUUGACGACCCGGUUUUAAGAAAUCGCUUGAUUUUUUUUUGUUUUUAUUAAA